AUAGUUGGCAUUAGCUGGACGUGUUCUCAGCUGGGCGGAGGUCGGCUGGGGAGUGAGCGGUUUCCAUGGCGCUGAAAGUAGUCAGGAUAUAAACAGAGGUGGGAGAGAAGGCCGAGUGGGAAGUUAGGCAGCGACAGGAAACUUGAACUUCCACCCGGAUUGUAGAGGGAGAGAUGUAACUGACCGCUCCCAAAUAACAACACUUGUGUUGUGUGAAUGAUGGGAUGGACUGUGGGGAACAGUUUUCCCUCGUGCUCUAUGUUUAUUGAUGGGAUGUGGGGAAGAGUUUACUCCUAGUGUGUGUUUGAUGGGAUGGACAUCGGGGAACAGUUUUCCCCUGCGCCGGGUGUUUACUGAUGGCGUGUGGGUUAGAGUUUGCUGGACUGUGAAGAAGACUUAACUCCCGUGCUGUGUGUUUCUUGAGACGGGCUGUGAGGAGGUUUCUCUUGUCUUGCUUGUUUACUGAUCUGGUCUGUGUGGAAGGGGUUUCCCUUGUGCUGUGUGUUCCAUGAGAUGGUCUGAGAGGAAGGAAGGGCUUUUCCCUUCUCUCGUCUGUUUACUGAUGGAGUCCAGGGUAGGGUUUUUUCCCCCCCCGUGUGUUGUGCGUUUAUUGAGAUGAGUUGCUACUCGUGUGCGCGCUUGACCAGGUGGGUCGCUGUCUGAUCACUGCGAGCCCGAGCCUCUUGCGAUGCGCAGGGAGGGAGAGGGAGUUACAGCGACGGGAUGGGACUCGGGCGGGGAGAAGUUAACCAGACCGGCCAAGCCUUCGACCUGAAACCUAGGAGCGGAGCGGCGCAACGUUGAAGCAGGGCGGAGCGGAGUCCAAUUGAAGCUGACGUGACAACGAGGAACUGCAGAUGUUGGUUAAUACCAAAGAUAGACACACAGAAUGCUGGAAUAACUCAGUGGGGCAGGCAGCAGCUGCCCGGGACUGCAGUCGACAGGGAGGGAGCGAGAAAGAGACUGAAACUCAUCUGAAUCUGAGUCUAUUUUAUUUUAUGUUUUAGCAGAGACUACUCUGCCGGAGGAACUGAGCGGGUCAGACAGCUGCCGUGGAGGGGGAAUGGAUAGAGGGGGAUAGUGAGUCUGUUUUAUACAUGAGUCUGAUAGACAUCAGUGAGCUAGCGCGGGGUGGGGUGGGGAUUGACACAGAGUGAUUCACCUGGGGCGGCGAGAGGCGAGACGUUUCUACGGGAAGGAGCGCAGGAGUUAAAGGGGAGGGACAGAGGAGGAUUUGGGUGAGGAAUAUGGCGGAGCAGAGGAACAUCCAGUCCGCCGCCAACAAGAGCAUUCGGCCCUUCAGGUCGAGCGAGGACUAUCUGUACGCCAUGAAGGAGGACCUGGCGGAGUGGCUCAACGCGCUGUACGACUUGGAUGUCCACGUAGACAUGUUCGCGGAGGCGCUGGAGACGGGCUGCGCUCUGUGCCAACACGCCAACAAUGUCAACCAAACCGCCCUGGAGUUCGAGCAGAGAUGUCCCGGGUCGGUGGGGAAGAUGAAGGUGCCCCGCACCCCGGUCACCUUCGCCUCCAGGAACGUCCAAGCCGGCUCCUUCAUCGCCCGCGACAACGUGUCCAACUUCAUUGACUGGUGCCGCCACGACUUGUCCAUCAGAGACGCUCUGAUGUUCGAGACCAACGACCUGGUCCUGCGCAAGAACGAGAAGAACUUUGUGCUAUGCCUGCUGGAGGUGGCCCGGCGUGGCUCCAAGUUCGGCAUGUUGGCCCCCAUGCUGAUCCAGAUGGAGGAAGAGAUCGACGAGGAGAUCCGGGAUGCCCUGGAAGACGAGGAAUUCCAACCCCGGGUCCAGAGGAGAUUGUGCGACUUCAAGAAUCUGGAUGCGAUGGUCCGUGAGAUUCUCGGCCAUUGUUCCUGCCCUUCACAGUUUCCCAUGACAAAAGUAUCUGAGGGUAAAUAUAAAGUCGGUGAGACCAGCACUUUGAUCUUCAUCAGAGUUCUGCGGAACCAUGUGAUGGUGCGUGUGGGCGGAGGCUGGGACACGCUGGAGCACUACCUGAACAAGCACGACCCCUGCAGAUGCAACUCAUCCACACAUCGCCUUCAGUCAGGGAAACCUUCAUCCAAGACAUCGCUGAACAACAGUCCUCUCGCCUCCAGAGCUCCAAGUCCCGGCCCACCGCGCUUUCCCGAAGGACCUGCUAUUUCAAAGCUGCCCGUUAACGGCAGGCAGGCGGACAGACGAACCAGUUCAGCGGCAGAAUGGUCAACAGUGAAACAAAAUGGACUGCCUGCCACGAAAAGGGACAGGCCAUUCAGCCCAAGUAAUGGUGCUAGCAAAGGUCAGGUGACCAGGCAACAGGGGACACCUGUAACCACAACUACUGCAGGAGAGUUGAUGAAUAGACGCAUCACACAAACACCGGACAUGGCAAGGGCCAUCUCUCCCCGAUCGCACGACUUGUCAGAACCAAGGGGCUCCGGACCUGGGAGGCGAAGGGAAUCCUCGAUCCCCAGGCGGCCAGUGGGGGAACGUGAACUCACUCCCAUCAGAACGGGGCCACCACGAAAGACUUUCUCCCCAAGGAAAAACUCCAGUGACGACGUCCUGAUUGUAGACAGGAGAAACGGCAAACACGUUGUGCACCGGAGCUUGGCACAGCAAGAUCCCAGUCUAAGGACCGUCCAGGUGAGGCGGAGAAGUCAGUCAUCAGACCACCAGAGUUGGACGGAGCAAGGCGGUGAGGAUGAGAGGGCGGCUCGGCUACCCGGCACCAAGUCCCGCCCAUCCCAGGAACUCACCAGAACCUCCUCCAACUCCAGCCAGGACUCUACCGCACCCACCAAGGGCAAUGGUCCAAGGGGCUACGGCCUGAGGGGCAACCGGGGCAAGGGGACCUCUCGGGCCAGGGGCCACGGAGGAGAGGCAGAGAGAAGGACCAAGUCCCCCGCUCCAUCCAAGGCCCCCACUGGUUCCAGGAUGGCCCUGAUCCCAGCCCGGUCCUCCAGCCCCACUCCCACCGCUGGCCCCGUCAGACCUCCGCCCCGCACCACCAGACCCGCUCACCAAGGCUGGUGCUACGACAAGAACCACAACCUUCUCAACUUCUGCCUCGAUUCAGACGGCUGCUGUGGGAGCAGCGGGUGCCCGCCCCGGUUGGAGGUGGACAACUUCCACCCUGCCCGCACCGCCCACACCACCGUGGAGGACGAACUGUACAGGGGCUUCGAGGAGGAGUUUUUGGCCAACACCCGGCAGAUGUCGCUGGAGAGCAGUGGGAGCGAGGGGGGUGAAAUGCUCCCGGUGAUCGGUGUGACCCAGGCCACCGUGGAAGGGCAGCUGGAGAUAGCAGAUACUCUCUGCCGCCCCUCGACUUUACCGGGACCUCACGCUUUCAAUGGGCCGGGAGAGGAUGCAGAGACACAGGAAGGACCACCACCAGGGCAGAGCAAGACCCCGGUGUUGGAUGGGGACUGGAUCGGAGAUGUCCUGGAAUACCGCCCCCACAAUCUUCUCCAGACCAUCGAGAGCGUGAGGGAACCCGAUCUCCCAAGUCCUCUGGGCGAGGGGGGACUUUACACGGGGGAGAUCCACAGGUCAGGACCUCCUGAAGCCGAGGUGCAAAAUGGACAGGACCUCCCCAGUGGUGUAGUGGCCAGAACCCACACUCCGCCCCCAGCCGAUGGUCAAGGCCUUGACAAGACCGAUGGACCCACCUCCACCGAGUUGCCCUCCAACCUCCAGAUUAACUCGCACGUGGUUCAAAUGAGGCCCAGGAAAGGGUUGAAGAAGCCCGACCGAGUGCCCUCCAUCUACAAGCUCAAGCUGCGCCCCAAGAUCCGCCCUCGGACCGACAAUCAGCCCGAGAGGAAACCGUCCAAAAUCCCCACCCCGGUCGGGUGCAGGCAAGGCCAGAGGUCCCCGAGGUCCCCGAGGUCAGGCCAGUGCUCCUUGCUGGAGGGCGGCCAUUCCAGGCGUAAGACCAAGCAUAAACUCAUCUUGUACUGCGAGGACCUCCAGAGCUCGAGAGAGGAUCUCCUGCCCUCCCCCACCUCCAGCGACGGGACAGCCCCCAACCUAAACCGCCCCGACCACUCUUGGGAUUGACC